UAUGGCUGGGCCCUGGAGGGCAUGCGUCAGCUAGCUGCUGUCAGUAUGGAGGAUUGCACGCUGCCGGACAAAUGCUCCGCUGUGAUUGGCUGCCUGGAGGACUACCAGCGCCUGCACGCGCCAAUCCCGGACGCCCGUUUCCAGGAGAUGAAGGCGGUGGCGGGCGAGCUGCGCGGCGAGCGCGGCCUCCGCCAGUGGAGCUUCGCCUGGUCCAAGUGUCAGGAGGCCAAGAGGAUGUUCGACAGGAAGAUGGAGGCCGCGCUGCACACGCGGGACUCCGCCCACCGGAGCUCUGACUCCGCCCACCGGAGCUCUGACUCCGCCCACCGGAGCUCUGACUCCGCCCACCGGAGCUCUGACUCCGCCCACCGGAGCUCUGACUCUGUCAGGGGAACGCUGUCGGGACUCCUCGAGACGGACGAGGACAGCAGCCCCUCCUCCUCGCCUCCUCGCCCCUCCUCGCUGCUUCCCUCACCUCCUCCACACCCCAGCAGACCCCCAGCAGACCCCCAGCAGACCCCCCAGCAGACCCCCAGCAGACCCCCCAGCAGACCCCCAGCAGACCCCCAAGCGCACACCGAUGCUGCAGCGUCUCUUCCGCAGCGUUUCCUCCGAUGUCUCGGCAGAGAGCUGCUCCCGAGCCCCUCUCUUCCUCGCGCCUCCUCUUCCUCGUCCUUCCUGUCGUCCGUGCGGCGCCAGGCGCUGAGGAAGACGCAGAGCUUCGACUGCCCGUCCACGCCCGAGGCGGCGCGCUACUCGCCGAGCCACCGCGCCCUGAGCGAGCCGGCGCGCCGAGGAAACACGGGCGUGUUCAUCCGAGGCCUGGAGGUCAGCAGCUCCGAGGCAGCGGACCAGACGCUGUGCCCCAGGAAGGGCUCUCUCGGCUGGGCAGGACAGGGACCGCGCAGUCCCCCCCCGAGGACCACAGGCAGCCCCACGGCAUCAGACCCCCGGCCCAGGGGAAGGUGGGUAAUCAAUAAUGGACCUUCUCUUGUCUUUGGUGGGUUUUAA